CCUGCUUGUGAGGAUGGACAAGACAGGGUAAUUCUCAUUCCGAUCAUGUCUGAAGUAGAUCCCGCACCAAAAGAACUGUUACAAGAGGCCUCCUGUGGAUGCCGAGGGCCCUGCAAAUCGAAGCUAUGCAACUGACGAAAAGCCGGUCUAAAGUGCAACUCUGCUUGCAAAGUAUGCUGCGGAAAAUCGUGCAACAACUCAAAGAGAUGGACUGCUACAGAACACCAUGAUAGCGAAACUCCGACGACUACAGA